CAUCUUUCCAAGAAUCUAGCAAAACCCGACAAGAGUCCUUCUUCCUUGCUAUUUCCCUCUUCAAAUUUGGAAAAGGGCGAAACGAAGCAAAACGAAAACAAGUGAAGAAGCUAAAGAGGGAGAAAAGAAAAAAGAGAUGGCUGGAUAUAGAGGUGAAGAUGAGUACGAUUACCUGUUCAAGUUGGUUUUGAUUGGUGAUUCAGGUGUGGGAAAAUCGAAUCUUCUUUCGAGGUUUACUAAGAACGAGUUCAAUCUGGAGUCUAAGUCUACAAUCGGGGUUGAGUUUGCCACCAAGAGUCUGACUGUCGAUGGUAAGGUUCUCAAAGCUCAGAUUUGGGACACUGCUGGUCAAGAAAGGUAUCGUGCCAUUACUAGUGCUUACUACCGAGGAGCUGUUGGUGCGUUACUUGUAUAUGAUGUCACUCGACAUUCUACGUUCGAGAAUGUUGGAAGGUGGUUGAAGGAGUUAAGGGACCACACAGACCCCAAUAUCGUAGUAAUGCUUAUUGGCAAUAAAUCAGAUCUCCGACAUCUUGUGGCAGUUUCUACGGAGAAUGGUAAAUCUUUAGCUGAAAGGGAGUCCCUCUUCUUUAUGGAAACUUCUGCCUUGGAAGCAACCAACGUGGAAAAUGCUUUCAUGGAAGCUCUUACUCAUAUAUACCGUAUAGUUAGCAAGAAGGCAGUUGAGACUGGUGAUGAAGGAGCUCCUUCGGCCGUUCCAUCUAAAGGAGAGACGAUUAAUGUCAAAGACAAUGUGAAUAGAGUUGGAUGUUGUUCAAGCUAGGAUUUUGUAUCUCAAGGAUGUGGCCAGUAGUUCUCUAGGCAUGUCCACGAUUUACUAACCACGUGAACACCAGAUGGAUUAUUCAGUUUUAAGCAUGUAAUUGAAUAGGAGCAAAGUGUGGUAUAGUUAAAGCAUUAAUCUAGUGGGAAAAUGUAAUAUGUUAGGUAUGCUUUGAUAUGUUUGAAUAUUUCUUGAAAAAGUUUGUUUCUGGAAAUUUAUUGCCGAAAUGAACAGUUUAUAAACUUGACAUUUUGUGAAA